AUGUCAAGUGCUUUAUCUCUAGCAGGUCAAAGAUGGAAGGAGUUUUGGGGAACAUCCAAAACAUCAAACAUAUAAUUGGAAGAUAAGAAAAACAGGUAGAGCUAUCUAAGGAAUUGUAUUUUAACAUUAAUGUACAAUAAUAUCAAAUUAACAAAAGAAAUGCAAUUGUUGUAUGGAUUGUUAAGUCAAGUCCUCAAAAAACUUGAUGAAUUAGAAAAGUCAUAAGAAGGUAUAUUAUUAGCAAAAACAUUUGAUUCUUUGUCUUUGUUGCACUCAUCGAAAAUUGAGAGUAUUCACAAGGCUAACGAUAGUUUUUAAGAAUGGUUUGAUACAAUUGAAUAAUUAAGAUAGAUGCUUGACAAAUAUUAAGAGAAUAGAUUAGUAUAUGAUCACUAUAGACUAAAAGUGGAUGAACUGAAAAAUUCUAAAGAUUAAUAAAGGUUUCAAAGAGUAAUCUUUAUUAAAUAUUCUUAGAAUGAGAAGAAGGAUCAGUAAUCAGAUAAUUCAGAAAAUGGAUCAGAUUUUGAACAACAAACGAAAUAUGUUUAAUAAAGCGUAUUAAAUAGUUAUAUAUAAAAUGAAACAGAAAUAUAUUAUCAGGCUUAUAAAAAAUUCAUAAAACAUGAAGACUUCAAAGCUAAAUUCGGAUGUGAUAAUUAAAAAUAAUAAAUUGAUAUUAAUGACACAAAAUAAAAAGAAUAAAACGAUUUGAGUCACUAAGAAUGCAAGUCGGAUGAAAACAUUAGCAUUAAAGAUAUACCAGCUCAGGGAUAAGAUUGGAAUCCAUUUGAAUAAAACAAUAAAAGUCCUUAUGAAGAUUAAUUGGCCCAAUCUUAGAUCGUUUAAUCUUAUUUUUCUCAAGGAGCAUAAGAACCAGUGAACCCAUUUGAAUAGGGAGAUGUGGCAAGUUUUCCAUCAAUUUAUAUGCCAGACUAGAAGUUUCAAUCUAAUUAUAAAAUGGAUUAUGAGAAAUUUAAGCAAUCAACGAAGCAGCCUUUAGAAUGA